AUGCUUCUUCUGUUGCUGCUGCUACAAAGCAAGGACAACUACCUGGUAAAGCUAUUCAGAACCCCAAGGAACAGUGCAAGGUCAUCUUCACUCAAGAAGGACUUGUUGAAGAAGAGGAUCAAGAAAGGCUCGAUCGAGUCGAACUCUAGCUCGAUCGAGUCCGACCUCUUCUGUCCGAAGCCUGUUUUGCUUGAUCCUUACCAACCGGUUGCCGCUUCCUCGUCUCGCCUACUUAGUCAAGGUCACAAGGAAGUGAUUCACAAGUUCAGAAGAGAUCUCAGUGGGAUUGGAAUUGAGUUGCCUCCUAUGGAUAGCAUGAGUGAGGCAUUUGAUCAAAUGCAAAUGGUCAAGGAUGUCAAGGAUCAAGGGAAAUUCACUCUCCCUUGCACACUUGGGCAUCUUGAGCUUGACAAUGCCUUAGUGGAUUCUGGAGCAAGCAUCAAUCUGAUCUCUCUCUCCAUGGCAGAGAAGCUAGGCAUUGCUGGAGCCUUGCAGCGCCCUACUACUUCAAUCAUGUUUGGAGAUGCAACUUCUAAGUCUCCUCUUGGAGUGUUCAAGAACUAUCACUUGAAAAUUGGAGAAUGCAUCAUCCAAACUGAUCUCACUGUGAUGGAAAUGGAAGAAGAGAAGGAUCUACCUCUGUUAUUGGGAACCCCAUUCCUUAGUACAGUUGGCGCUUCAAUAGACUUUCACAAGCAAGAAGUGAUCCUUCACAAGGUUGUGAAGGAAAGGGUUGACAAAGAACCAAGAGUUGGGAAGGAUAAGAAAGAUCCACCAGCUCAGGCCCCUUCAGUCAAGCCAUCUCAGCUCACAAUGACCUUGUUCCCCACCAAGUUUGAAAAUGGGAAGAUUGAGUACAAGAUAAGGUACAAGGGGAGAUCAAGGCCAUUCUCUAGAGCCAAGGCCUUGGUGACUUCAGAACAGUCCAGGGACCCAACCAAGCUAAAGGAGCUUCUGUCUCAAGUCCUCACUAUCACCCUUGAUGGUGGGACUAGCUCAACCAAUGCCUAA